CUGUGGAUUUGUUAGGAACUAUAUCCGACAGCCCUAACUUAAUAAAAACCCACAAAUUGGGUAUUUUUUGCACACAUUUUUCUUUAGAAAAUGGUGACUUUUAAUUGUGUAUUAACAAACAAAAAAAAUAUUACAAUAUAGAUCAGAUGAGGUCUAAAAGGUCUAUGAAUAUUAAAUUAGAGGGUGGGUUGACAGCUAAAUAUUCGAACUUCACAGUAAGGGAGGAGGUUACAGAGUUUGCAAAAGUAUAAAACCGAGUCAUAUUAGUGGCAAGAAUCCUCACACAGAGCCAACUCUGCAAGAUCGAUCCAUCACGAAAAUGUCCAACUGGGGAGUGACUAACACAGAAAAUCUAUCUAUCCAGUACUGCUUUCCAGGCAACAAUUUGUCUUGUACCAAAAGUAUCAGACCAGAAGCUGAGUACAUUGUUGUGUACAUUUUCGUUUCUGUAACAUCAGUGUUCACUGUGUUUCUGAACUUGUUGGUGAUUGUCUCCAUCUCACACUUCAAGCAGCUCCACACUCCGACCAAUGUGCUGAUCCUCUCUCUGGCCGUGGCUGAUCUGAUCGCAGGACUGAUUCUCAUGCCAGUGCAGGGAAUGAAACUCAUUGAGCCAUGCUGGUACUUUGGAGAAAUAUUCUGUUCAAUAUUUCCUCUUAUUCUCUAUGUGGUUGUUACAGCAUCUCUUGGAAAUUUGAUUAUAAUAUCUGUGGAUCGAUACAUUGCUGUGAAUGACCCUUUGUUAUAUCCACUGAAGGUCAAUACUAAUAGAGUUGUUGUUUCUAUUGUUGUAAACUGGUUAUUCUCUUUCUUUUAUUCAUUUUACCUUUUGUAUGAGUCCAUAAUCUACCCAGAAAGAACCCACUCAUGUAUUGGAGAAUGUAUACUUUAUGUCAAGUUGGAAUAUCUAAUAUUAGAUUCCUUUGUUUGUUUAGUGGCACCUUGUUGUGUAAUUGUUUCUUUAUAUGUGAAAAUCUGUUUUGUAGCAAAUUAUCAAGCUAAGCAAUUAAAUUCAGCCACAGACAAAAAGGCUAAAUCAGAAAAGAAGGCUGCAAGAACCUUAGGGAUUGUAGUCCUGGUUUAUCUUCUUUGCUGGGCACCAUAUUAUUUAGUUACUCUUUCCCUUGGGCAUGAUGAAAAUGAUGCUCUUAUAAUUAAUUUAAUGCAAUGGAUUGUAUGCAUGAAUUCAUUAAUGAAUCCACUUAUCUAUGCAAUGUUUUAUAAAUGGUUUAGGCUAUCAGCAAAAUACAUCUUGACAUUGAAAAUAUUGGAACCUUCAUCUGCGUACUUUAAUCUGUUCCCAGAAGAGAAAUGA